ACUUUUUGCUUCUGCCUGUACAUCCAGACACCUUCAUAUUUUAUAAUGACUUUCUACUUCUGGUGUCUACAAUUUUGAUGUAAAACAGCUAUAUUUCCUCUUUACAGUUUUUGAAACAUAUGCAUCUUAUGAAAGUAGACCAGUUUAAUCACAUAUGAUGUGUGAUUUAGUUAUAAUUUGCUCCACCAUUGAGCUGACAGAUUUGAUUAUAAUCUGAUCCACAAAUAAAGCUGGCAGAUUUGUGUAAAUAUAGUAUUAGAAUAUAUUAUUCUAGGAAAAUAAUUUAGAUGAAAUCCCUUGAUUCAAGGAUUUCCUAAGAAUUAGUGAUUGAUUAGUUUAAUUAAUCUUUACUUUGUUCUCCUAUAAAUAUUGUACAAAUACUAUGAAUAAAAUAUACUUUUGCAGUAUCUAAACUUUCAUGGUAUCAGAGUGGGAUGAAAUACCCUAAUAUUAUAUGGAUAAAACAACCUUUCACGAAGAGCACCUUUCUGAAACAUCAACAGAAGACAAAAACUCUUCUCUAGAAGCUACUGCAGAAAAUCUAAUGACACUAGGAGGCAAUACUUCUCACAUGCCCUUCCAGUUAACUUCUCAUCGAUUAAAUGGGAAGAACUAUCUGGAAUGGACACAGUCCGUAAAGCUUGUAAUCGAUAGGCAUGGAAAGCUGGGACAUCUGACUGGAGAAACGAAAAAGCCGGAAGUUGGAGAUCCAAAGAUGAACUCCUGGAGAUUAGAGAAUUCACUCGUGAUUGCUUGGUUAAUAAAUUCCAUGGAACCAGUCAUAGCUCUUGUAACAGUGAAGAAUGGAGAGAACAAAAACAAAAAGCCACGGUGUGAUCAUUGCAAAAAUAUUGGCACACCAGUGAAACGUGUUGGGAGAUUCAUGGGAAACCAGUAAUCUGGAAGAAAAAGGGAGUUGAUAAUCGUGGCUUUCAAUUUCAAAAGCGCAGGCCCUCCAAACAACUAAUUUUGAUCAAGGGCAGCAACCUUCUCCAGAAACGUCUCCAUUUACAAGGGAACAAUUGGAAAUUCUGCACAAACUCCUUCAAUCUCCACAAUUUCGUCCAAAUGCACCAAAUUCUUCUAAUCUUUCCUGUUCUUUUGCUGAAACAGGUACUGUAUUAUCUGCUUUUCUUAGUGUCAAUUCCAACCAAAUAGAUUCUUGGAUCGUAGAUUCUGGAGCUAGUGACCAUAUAUGACUAGAAGUUCCCUUUUUUUCUCUACUUACACUCCUUGUGCAGGGAAUAAUAAAAUCAAGAUAGCUGAUGAUUCCUUCUCUGCGAUUGUUGGAAAAGGAACUAUUAAACUAUCACCAUCUCUUACACUUCAUAAUACUCUUUGUGUUCCAAAGCUCUCUUUUAAUCUAGUUGUAAUCUAGUUUCUAUCAGUAAAUUAACCUGUUCUCUUAAUUGUCGUGCUAUUUUUAGAUUCCGAUUUGUGUGAAUUUCUGGAAAAGGUCUCGGGGAAGAUGAUUGGCACUGCUAGAGAAUCAGGAGAUCUUUAUUUUCUUGACAACGGGAACAACUCACUACAACUGAAUCCUAUUUGUUUGAACUCUACUUUUGUUUUGAAUUGUCACACCCAGAUUCAGGAAUCCAAAUGCAAUCGGCGUCGUUAACCUCUCAGAGGUCGCAGACAAGCCUCUUCUUAGCUUUCAUCACAUUCAUAUAGUUAAAUUUGUGGAAAAUUUAAAACUUAAAAAACAUAAUGAAGUAUACAUAGACUUCAUUUAUUUUCUAUAUAGAUUAAUAUUCUACUAAGCUCAAAUCAAAACAACCAUCUACAAUUGAUGAAUCAAUUCAAAUCAAAAGAUCAAUAUAUAAUGUAAUAGUUUGUCAAAACGGCCUUAGUACAAAACUUCGAAAUAAACGUCUGAAAAGAAACGCUAGGGACAACAUCCACUAGCUAUGUCUAAAGUACUAAGCUAGAUAGAUAAGUGUAGCAUCCUCGAACAUCAAGAGGACCUACCAAAGUCUGGAGAUCGACAAUCCAAACAGCUUCGAUGAAUCUUCAACCUUGUCUCUGACCUGCACCUAUAAAGAUAAUAAUAGUAUAGGGUUAGUACACACUUGUACUAAGUAUGGGUGUAUGCACACAUACACAUAAGGACUAUGCAUGAUCAAGGAAAACUCUUCCUAUAACAACAUGCCAUUUUUGGAAAGUGACAUCACUAGACUUUCCUAAUUUGUUAUUUGUGAGUCGUGGUAUAAAUAUGACGUAUUUUAAUGCAUUCAAAGCACACAACUCAUUUUCUAUAUGAAUACAAGACCUUAGAAUCAUCAACAUAAUUUUAGAACAACUCGAGCGAAAAUUUUUAAAUUUAAUGCCCCAAACCCGAAAGCCCCUUUUUGAUGCUUAGUUUUUUUUUUCCAGGUCUUUUUCUUCUUCUUGUUGUGUAGUUCAAUGAUCUCCUUUGAUCCUAUGGUUUACUUACAAUUGCAAUGAUUCAUUGUAGUCCCAUACCUACAAUGAAUCAAGUAAGUAAUCCAAAGACUUAGAAAGGAUUUGGCUAUCCUUACAACAAGUUAUUCUUUCCAUUCUAGAUUCGUUGGGAAGGAACACUUUAUAAGCCAAUCUUUAUUGGCUACGCCACUUACUUCCUCUCCUUGGCCGUUUCUUAUUGUCCCAAGGAUCCUUACUAUGUCCUUGGGCACUGUUUAAUCUACAUGAUCAUUUUAGGUGGUCAUGUGCUAUGAUACCUAGGCUUGAUACUUGAAUGCCUCGUAUCUAAUGUGUUGAAUUGUGAAUAAAGGUUGUUAGCUUAGGGUCUUCAUUGCAGGUACAUUUCUUAAACAAGCUCAUUAAUACUUAGAAAAAUUGGCUAACACCCUUUAAGCUAAUAUUUUCUAAUA